AUGUCCAGACGAAAAUCAACAGUCCAUGUGGCACGUGCACGCGAACAGGAGGACUCACCAGCGUUGGAACUCGAACGGUUAGAACAAGCAUCAACUUUACUUCUACAGGAGAUUGACCAUAACCUUUCACGAGCUAACGCCAUCAUAGGCGAUUCUAUAUUCCCCGUGUUAAAGAAAUAUGCUGCUGCUACUGCGCAGGCGUCGAGCCAUGUGGGUUUUUGGAAGCAUUUUUUGGAAGAGGCUGCCGAUGUGGAGAUUUCCACAGUUGAAGAACCGCUUCAGGAGCCAACGCUGCAAAAACAAGAAAGCCAAUCGACGAGCAGAAAAACAGACAGCAAAAACAAGAACGAUUUACAGCCCCUGGCGGCUAGCACGCCGCCAUCAUCCGAUCGGCACAUCGAGACCUCCACUCCGCAGCUUCGCCGCACCCUGCCGUCAUCACCACAACUAGUGGCUGUCUCUGGUGGACAAGUGGCUGUGUCGCCACGGAAACGCACGCCUCGUGCUGCUGAUACUCGUCUGCUGGUGCUUCAGAACUUUCUCAAUUCUUCUCCCACACUUCCUGAACCUCCCGUACUUCUCAGCGAAAUUGGCCGCGCACAUGCAAGCAGCUCCAGCGCUCAGCCGCGUGCUCUUUCGCCUCAUAGCGAUUUGGGUCGUCUUCUGCCGAUAGCACUUCCCCCAGUACUUCCAGCUGCAACGCCGGCGCGACAAGGUUCGCCGCAGCGAUUUCCGCUCACACCUAAUUUCGGCUCUUCUGCAGCUAGGGCGCCGCCAAGGUCCACCACUCAGUUUGCUGAUGAAUCAGAUUUGCCUGCUCCCACCCAAAUCGCACGUCAAGAUGAGAGCGAUUUACUCCCACUUCCACGUCUCCAGACUGUUGCAUGGGGUGGAGAAACGGACGAUUUGAACAAGAGCAGCAGAGAAGAGCAAGGGUCGCCGAAGAGACGCCGCAUGGAUAAUGUCUUCCUUGAACGAAGUGAAUUCCAUAGUGUAGAGAAGACGCGCUCCAUGUCGGACAUAUUCGACGAAGUCCUUCUGGAGCACAUACCAGGGAUCGACCAGGAGAAGAAAAACACUGAAGCAGAAAAGCAGAGGAACGCAGAAAGAGGCACGAUAAACGGUGAAAGUGAAGAGAAUAUCGUAACACACACUCUGGAAGCGAUUUUCGAAGCAAAUCUACCAACGAACCCCAAAGAGACUAUAGGGGAGGACUUUGAUGACAACUUAGCCGAGGGAGAUUUACGAGGCAGAGGCGCUGGAUAUGCAUCGGCCGCUUUUACGCGAGAAUUGUCUGCUGAGAGUUCUGAGAUUGCUGGUAUAACGUCAACUACUCCAUUAUACACAACGGCAAAUCUCGAUGCAGAAGAAACCAGAGCUGAAAAUGCAAACGAGAGCCAUACUGGAACAAAUCAGAACUUAUCCCAUUCUCUCGAUUCAAACACUUCGGACCUCGGCUCUUUCUUAGGGGAACGGUGGAAAUCAUUGGCGAAAUCGCUCCACAAGAGAUAG